UAACCUUGAUUGUGGUGGAGCCCAAAAAAUCAGUCCAGUCUCGAUCAUGAGUUGGUCCGUUGUGGACGUUUGGUUUUCUUUCUUUUUUGAUGUGCUUUAUUUCCGGAAAGGUGGGGUCCCGACCACUGGAUGACGGACCAGGUGACAUACACGGAGUGACCAUCAUUAGAUAAAACGACCCGGGCUGUCCUCUCUCGCAUACAUACACAGGGGGAUCGGGGAAGAAGGAUUCAAGAGUCCUUAUUUUGCGAGUGAGUGGCUAUCCCAUUUCUAUUUGGCAUUCUUCGCUGAAAUGAUCUUUCGUUGUCCAGAAGAGAAGAAAUAGAGUUUUUUUUUUUUUUUUUUUCGAGGGAAAGAUUUCAUUCAUUCACGUCAUAUUUUGCCUUUGAUGCUCUCAAAGGGUUUAAUAAUGAGGUGAAGUGGGGUUUGAGGAAAAUAAAGAAAGAAAUAAAGAAAGAAAGAAAGAAUGGGAGAUGAUGUUUGUAAUUAGAGGGAGGGGAAUGAGCAGUUGUAUCUAUAACAAUAACAUGAUAAUAGCAGCGCCUCUAUUUGCACAUCGUCCCACUCCAAUCUCCAUACCCCUUUUCACCCCCAAAGGCAGCCAAAUAGCGAGAAAAACGAGGAUAUUUUCCCAACAUGGUAGCAGUUGUUGCUGCAGAUUCAACAGCCGAAGCAUAGGUGAGAAGCCCAGAAGCCCCGACCUUGUCGACUUGGAGUACGCUGACCUCAACCUCAACUACAAUUUUGGCGAGGUGGGUCACGUUCGAAUCCGUCAGCAUGUGAACCCCCUCUCCUCUUCUUUUAUGGUCCCCGUGCAAGCACCCAACUGGAAAGAAGUUUUCAAGGACUCGACAUUGCCACUAAUGGUAGAUAUUGGCAGUGGUAGUGGCAGAUUUCUCAUUUGGCUUGCAAAACGAUUCCCUGAAUCCAAGAAUUACUUUGGAUUGGAAAUAAGACACAAAUUGGUUAAACGCGCGCAAUUCUGGGUGAAAGAACUAGGUCUUAAGAACAUCUCUUUCAUGUUUGCAAAUGCAGCAGUUUGUUUUGAAGAGCUCGUGUCUACUUACCCUGGACCUUUAGUGUUUGUUUCCAUCUUGUGUCCAGACCCACAUUUCAAGAAAAGGCAUCAAAAAAGAAGAGUGCUGCAGAAGCCCUUAGUGGAUUCUAUUUCAAAGAAUUUGAGUCUUGCUGGACAGGUUUUUGUGCAGUCGGAUGUGCUGGAAGUGGCACUUGACAUGAGGAAUCAAUUUGAUGCCCGGCCUGAUGAAUUUGAACACAUGGAUGGUCUUGACCCCAAUAUUCUAUGUGACCCCGAAGGAUGGCUCUUAAGCAACCCACUGGGAAUUCGAACCGAAGGAGAGAUACAUGCACAGUCGGAAGGGGCAAAAAUAUACAGAAGGAUGUACCAGAAGCGAACACCCUAAAGUGUUAUCCAAUGCAGUGCUGGACUCUGAGAAGUAUGACUGGGCCCUUGGGUGAGUGCUCCACCUGUGGACAUGUGACCACACUGUUGACGCACUAUGAAAAUACAGAUUAGAAGAUCGUGACCGCCAAAGCUCCCCCUUUUCAGUUGAAUGUGGACCAUAGCUGUUUUUUUUUUU